GAUCUUUUGAAGUUCGCAAAGUAUAUCCUUCGCAAAUUCUUUGAGGCUCGAAAAAUGAAUGAAGCAGUUGUCGUAGAAGCCAUGUUUUUCCGAGGUAUUAAGGAAAGUGCUGAACUUACCCAUGGCUACGGCACGUUCGAGGAAAAAGAAAAAAAAUCUUCUUGGACCGCUGAAUUGGACAAGGAAUUGAUCCAACUUUUUAAUGCUUAUCGAUUUGAUCCAGUUCCUAAAGGUCGCGAUCUUGCUGAUGUAAUUACUGCGAUGCUUUCUGAUUCCGGCAAAACUCGUCGUCAAGUUAUUGGUCGCCUUAUUCAUCUCAACACGAUUGACUCAGCAAAGCAGAUCCGCUAUAUGACGUAA